CUUUCUCUACGGUAGGCGCGUUCACGCCGCCUCUCGUCCGCGCGCGUUCGGAGAAGGAGGAGGCGGGGUGUGCUUGAUUUGAGGCAGCUGCUUCUCCGGGACACACUUAGGAAUAUUCACCUGUCAGCUUCACCGCCGGACUACUUUUACCGACCUUUUUUUUCCCCGUUUUGGAGGUGGACUAAACCCAAAAAAAAAAGAAAAAAAAAAAGAAAAAAAAAGGGAAUAUCAUUCUUUCCAGGACGUGUUUUUGGCGUGUUUUGAGUGGGGACCCCCCCGUGGACUCAGGAGGUCCCUUCGGGAAGCACCUCGGAGACGGUGCCCUUCUUCUUCUUCUUCAUCUUUUCCCCAGCUGACUCCACGGAAGAUGUGACCGGUCGGUGGACCCCCAAACGUUAUUUUCGGGAAAAAGCCCCCUCUUGUGGUGCCUUUUGGAAUAUGUCUCCGUCGUGGGGCUCAGUUUGGCUCCAGUCGCCGUCCCUCCCCCGCUAGAAAGUCCUUGAGAAUAUUUCCCUUCUUCGCGUCCACGAUGGAUCCCCAGUGGACCCCUCACCCCGCCGUCUUCUUCCUGGUCUCCUACGCCUGCCUUCUCCCCGCCGCCGCCGCCACCGCCCCUGAGCGCGUCCCCACCGCCGAACCCCAGGCGGCGCCCGAGUACGCCCACUCCAUCCGGCUGGACGGCGACAUCAUCCUGGGCGGCCUGUUCCCGGUGCACUCGCGGGGCGACCGCGGCACGCCGUGCGGCGAGCUGAAGAAGGAGAAGGGCAUCCACCGGCUGGAGGCCAUGAUGUUCGCCAUCGACCUGAUCAACAAGGACCCCGAGCUGCUGCCCAACAUCACGCUGGGGGCCCGCAUCCUGGACACCUGCUCCAGGGACACCUACGCGCUGGAGCAGUCGCUGACCUUCGUGCAGGCGCUCAUCGAGAGGGACGGCUCGGACGUGCGCUGCGCUAACGGGGACCCGCCCAUCUUUACCAAGCCGGAUAAAAUCGUGGGCGUCAUCGGAGCCGCGGCGAGCUCCGUGUCCAUCAUGGUGGCCAACAUCCUGCGCCUCUUUAAGAUCCCGCAGAUCAGCUACGCCUCCACGGCGCCCGAGCUGAGCGACAACACCCGCUACGACUUCUUCUCCCGCGUGGUGCCGCCGGACUCCUACCAGGCCCAGGCCAUGAUGGACAUCGUCACCGCCAUGGAGUGGAACUACGUGUCCACGCUGGCCUCCGAGGGCAACUACGGCGAGAGCGGCGUGGAGGCGUUCGUCCAGAUCUCCCGGGAAACCGGUGGUGUUUGCAUCGCUCAGUCCUUGAAGAUCCCACGGGAGCCCAAGCCGGGGGAGUUUGACAAGAUCAUUAGACGCUUGCUGGAGACCUCCAACGCCAGGGCCAUCAUUAUGUUUGCUAAUGAGGACGACAUUCGGCGCGUACUGGACGCGGCGAAGAGGAACAACCAAACGGGGCACUUCCUGUGGGUGGGCUCGGACAGCUGGGGGUCCAAGAUCUCGCCUGUGAUUGGUCAGGAGAGAGUGGCGGAGGGAGCCAUCACCAUUCUCCCCAAGCGAGCAUCUGUGGACGCUUUUGACCGAUAUUUCCGGAGCCGCUCCCUCUCGAACAACAGAAGGAACGUCUGGUUCGCCGAAUUCUGGGAGGAGAACUUCAACUGCAAGCUGGGCAUGCACGGCAAACGCCCCGGCAGUCUGAAGAAAUGCACAGGUUUGGAGAAAGUCGGCCGCAACUCCAGCUACGAGCAAGAGGGCAAGGUGCAGUUCGUGAUGGACGCGGUGUACGCCAUGGCGCACGCCCUGCACCACAUGCACCGCAAGCUGUGCUACGGCUACCCGGGGCUGUGCCCGCGCAUGGCCAGCAGCAUCGACGGCAAAGAGCUGCUCAGCCACAUCCGCGCCGUCAACUUCAAUGGAAGUGCUGGCACGCCGGUGGUUUUCAACGAGAACGGAGACGCUCCGGGACGAUACGACAUCUUCCAGUACCAGAUCACCAACAGAUCCACUGCAGAGUACAGAGUCAUUGGAUCCUGGACCAACAAGCUGCACCUCAAGGUGGAGGCCAUGCGCUGGAAGAGAGGCGACCCAUCGCUGCCAGCGUCCGUGUGCAGCCUGCCCUGUCGUACUGGGGAGAGGAAGAAGGUGGUGAAAGGUGUGCCCUGCUGCUGGCACUGUGAGCGCUGCGAGGGCUACCACUACCAGGCCUCAGAGUUCACGUGCGAGCUGUGUCCGUACGAGAUGCGCCCGGACUCCAACCGCACGGGCUGCGUGGCCAUCCCCAUCAUCAAGCUGGAGUGGCACUCGCCCUGGGCCGUCAUCCCCGUCUUCAUCUCCAUGCUGGGCAUCAUCGCCACCUCCUUCGUCAUCGUCACCUUCGUGCGCUACAACGACACGCCCAUCGUGCGGGCGUCGGGCCGGGAGAUGAGCUACGUGCUCCUCACGGGGAUCUUCUUGUGCUACGCCAUCACUUUCCUCAUGAUCGCCGCCCCGGACGUCGGCGUCUGCUCCUUCCGCAGGAUCUUCCUGGGCCUGGGCAUGUGCUUCAGCUACGCCGCCCUGCUCACUAAGACCAACAGGAUACAUCGCAUCUUCGAGCAGGGCAAGAAGUCGGUGACGGCGCCAAGGUUCAUCUCCCCGGCCUCCCAGCUGGUCAUCACCUUCUCGCUCAUCUCCGUCCAGCUCCUGGGCGUCUUCGUGUGGUUCGCCGUGGACCCGCCGCACACGGUGGUGGACUACGGCGAGCAGCGGACCCAGGACCCGCUGUCGGCGCGCGGCGUCCUCAAGUGCGACAUCUCCGACCUGUCCCUCAUCUGCUCGCUGGGUUACUCCAUCCUGCUGAUGGUGACGUGCACGGUGUACGCCAUCAAGACCCGCGGCGUGCCCGAAACCUUCAACGAGGCCAAGCCCAUCGGGUUCACCAUGUACACCACCUGCAUCAUCUGGCUGGCCUUCAUCCCCAUCUUCUUUGGAACGUCCCAGUCCGCAGAGAGGAUGUACAUCCAGACCACCACUCUGACCAUCUCGCUCAGCCUGUCGGCCUCCGUCUCCCUGGGGAUGCUCUACAUGCCCAAGGUCUACAUCAUCCUCUUCCACCCCGAGCAGAACGUGCCCAAACGGAAACGCAGCUUCAAGGCCAUCGUGACGGCCGCCACCAUGUCGGGUAAACUGGGGCAGAAGGGCGGCGACCGGCCUAACGGGGAGGUGAAGACGGAGUUGUGUGAGAGCAUGGAGACCAACACUUCAUCAACUAAGACGACGUACGUCAGCUACAGCAAUCACGCCAUCUGAAAAAAAAACAAAAAAAAACUACGUUGGAUGCUUGGGAUGACACAGGAAGUGUGCCUCGAGCUCCGUAAAGGAAACAAAAAGGGACCGAGCGGGGAAGACGGACGAUCCGGACACCCGACGGGAUCCAAAAGCAUGAGACAUUUUUUGUGUCGUUUCGCAUCAUCCACUGAGAGGUGGGAACACAAACAGCCAAUCGGUGUGCCUGCUUUCCUGCUGCUCAAUGGUCCGACCAUAACUGUUGAUAAAAAAAAUACCAUAGGACCCUUGAGUGCGGCCAGAAGAAAAGAAAAAAAAUGAAGAAAAAAAAACCCCCCACGUAGACGUUGUAUCCAUAAGGGCCUCACAUAGAGAUUUCAAAAGAUAUUUAAAAGAAGACUCAAAACUUGUUUGCCGUUCUUCUCUACUCGUGAGUAUUUUUGUGGUCGUGGCGAUUUUUUCCAUUCUUGUCUCACCGUCGUCUGAUGAGUCGUCCUUGCAUACUGAGAUGAGUGUUUCCUCCUCUGCUGUCUUGGCUAACACACCAUGGUUGACGCAUGCCCCGUUUUCUACAAAAAAAAAAGGAGAUUUAUUUAUAAUAAAGGAAUGUUUUGCAAACGCGGAGAUUGGUGUGUGUCC